AUGAACAACCAUGAACUUGUGAAAAAUGCCACUGAGUUUCAGGAAGUCCACAACGAAAGGUGGAAUGAAAUGAUUUCUGCGACAGCACUACGUAACCUCAAUGAAGCAAAGUGGAAUGUUCCCACUCUGAUGCCGUUCACAGAAGAUGUGCAGAGACUGCACCAGUUUCUCAGUCAAAAGCAAGAGGAGUACUGCAAAGAACUCUCUGAAAGUCCUUCCACAAAGACCUGGAUAGACUUGGCAAAGGUGUGCUUAGCACAGAUCAUCCUCUUUAACCGUCGCAGGGAAGGAGAAGUGGCAAGCAUGCCCUUGUCUGCAUUUUUGUCAAGAGACAAGUCUGAUCAUCACCAGGAUUUGGACUGGGCACUGUCAGAAGUAGAGAAAAGACUCUGCAAACAUUUCACAAGGAUUGUGAUCAGGGGAAAAAGAGGUAGACCGGUUCCUAUUCUUGUGACUCAGAAAAUGCUCAGUGCACUGGAACUCCUGGUUUCAGAGAGAGAGGCUUGUGAGGUACUCAAAGAGAAUUGCUACAUGUUUGCAAGGCCAGCUGCUAAAACGCAUCUCCGUGGUUCGGACUGCCUCCGUGCUUUUGCAGUAGCAUGUGGUGCAAAGUGUCCCAAGGCACUGACCUCCACCAGGCUGCGGAAACAUGCUGCAACACUCUCAACGGUUCUCAACAUGACGGAUACAGAGAUGGACCAGUUGGCUAACUUUCUUGGGCAUGACAUUAGAGUCCAUCGUGAGUUUUAUCGACUACCUGAGAAAACACUGCAGCUUGCCAAGGUUAGCAAGCUUCUCAUGGCCCUUGAGCAAGGAAGAUUGGCUGAGUUCCAUGGCCAAAACCUGGAUGAAAUCACAAUAGGGCCAGAUGACAUGGUCAUUUGUCCUGUUGAGACUGAUGAGACAGCUAAAACCAGGGGACGACACUAUUCAUCUCAAGAAGAGACUCUUCCACUGACAGAAGAAGAAGGCCCCCACUGA